GAGAGAGAGCAGUCAGUCAGUCCUGGUGUAUGGUGUAGACUGUAAAGGCAUAGGACAGACACCAGGUUUGAAAACGCCAAGUACUGCUGCAGUAUGAGGCACUUGGUGCUAACAGCUGCGUUUUUCCUUUUAAAUAAGAUGUUGCUGACCCAGUGCUGCUCUAACACCUGCCAGUGCCCAAAGCAUGGGCCGAGCUGUGUGCCUGGGGUCCGCCUGGUGCUGGACGGCUGUGGCUGCUGUCAGGUUUGCGCUAAGCAAGCGGGCGAGCUCUGCGGCCAGGGAGACACGUGUGACCCGAACCAGGGGCUGCAGUGCGACUUCAGCUCCGACCCUCGGCACGGCCUGGGAGUCUGCAUCGCACAUGAAGGUAAUAUUUGUAUGUAUGAUGGAGUUGUCUAUCGAAAUGGUGAGACUUUCCAGCCAAGCUGCAAAUAUCAGUGUUCCUGUAAAGAUGGUCUGAUCGGCUGUGUCCCCCGCUGUAACCUGGAUGUCCUCCUGCCUGGUCCUGACUGCCCCUUUCCCAAACAAGUACAAAUGCCAGGAGAGUGUUGUGAGCAAUGGGUGUGUGACCACAAAGAGUCAACUUCUACUGGGGGAUUUGCAAUGGCAGCUUACAGGCAAGAGGCAACUUAUGGAGUGGAUCCAUUUAACCCCAGUCUGAACUGUAUAGAGCAAACCACAGAGUGGAGUGCCUGUUCCAAAACCUGCGGCAUGGGCACAUCUACUCGUGUGACUAAUAAGAACCGUCACUGCGAGAUGGUGAAGGAAACACGCCUUUGCGUGGUGCGGCCAUGUACAUAUCAUAAAGUCAUUAUAAGGAAAGGUAAGAAAUGUGUCCGAACACCAAAAGCAACUAAACCAACUCACUUUGAAUACAAUGAAUGCACGAGUGUUCAGUCCUACAAGCCCAAGUACUGUGGCGUUUGCAAUGAUGGAAGAUGCUGCACACCUCACACCACCAAAACAUCACGGGUAGAUUUCAAAUGUCCUGGAGGAAAAACGAUUGAAAAACAAAUGAUGAUCAUUAACACAUGUGCCUGCCAUUAUAACUGUCCUCAAGAUAAUACUGUUCUCCAACCAGGAGUGUUGGGUGCCUGAGGUUUUGCACCCAUAAUUUUAGAGCCAAUUAUUGUAGCACUGUUUAGUUCAGUGAGAUUGUCUAAGUGCAGUUAGUAGCUUCAGUUUGUAUCUCCAUGAACUGGAAGAACUAACUCUGUAUAUAUUCACACAUGUAUAUUUUAUUGAAUUAUGUAUUUAAAGAUUGUUAGUA